CGCGCGCCCGAGAGCAGACAAGAAUGCGCGUCAAGUGGACGAAGGGAGAAGUCGGCGAGUGCAAGCGCACAAAUAUGAUCGCGAGAAAAGGCGAAUUCGUGCGGCUUUGACGACGGGACGGACGGACGGACGGACGGACGGGAUUAAGCAUGCCCGGCGCCGGCGCCGGCGCCAGCGCCAGCGUGUCCGUCAGGAGUUUGUCCGAAGUGGAGAAACACCUCACCGGCUCGAUGGACCGGAGUGGCGAGGGCAGCUUUCUGGCCACCAUGCGUCGAGGUUCCUCGGAGAACAACCUGGAUCUGGACCCGAGCGACGCCGUUCCUCCCCCCUCUCUGGCCUCGGAGGUCCAGCGCAGCCGCUCUUGCUUGGACAACCUCCAGCAGAAAAUCCUAAAAGUGACGGAGCAGCUGAAGAUCGAGCAGACGGCGCGGGACGACAACGUGGCCGAGUACUUGAAGCUGGUCAACAGCGCCGACAAGCAGCAGGUGGGGCGCAUCAAGCAGGUGUUUGAGAAGAAGAACCAGAAGUCGGCGCAAAACAUCGCCCAGAUGCAAAAGAAGCUGGAGCAGUACCACCGCAAAAUGAAAGACGGCGAACUCCAGCACAGCUCCUUGCCGCAACCGUCCAGCGGCAAACACAGCACCAUACCCAGGGAGUCCCGCCGGGAGCUGCUGAGGGACAUGACGGGCAGCGGCCGGCACCCGACCAUGGACAAGAUCAAGACCAUCGGGCCCGGCGUGUCCCUCUCGCCCCCUUUCUUCUUCAGCAAACCCAGAGAAUUCGCCAACCUGAUCAGGAACAAAUUCGGCAGCGCGGACAACAUCGCCCAAAUGAAGACGUCCAUGGACUCGUCCGCUCCGCUGCCCGACGAGGCGGGGGCGCCGAGGGCUCUGAGCAGCAGCGCCUCGCUGGUGGCCAAGACCGGGUACCCCAGCGAUGACGAGUGCUCCACGGGGAGCGCCUCCAACUCGGCGGAAAGUAACGGGCAGGGCCACGCCCGGCAGGUGCGGGGCGACCCCCGCGGCGGACUGGCCCUGGGCCUGGCGGAGGCCGGCCUCAUCAAAGAGGCGCAGAACCGACUGGACGAGGACUUGGAGGAGAUCAAGGCCCAGUUCAAGAGCGAUUACGGCGUCAUCAGCCAAACGCUGCAGGAGGAGCGAUACAGGUAUGCGCGUUUGGAGGACCAACUGAACGACCUGACGGAGCUUCACCAACACGAGAUGACGGACCUGAAGCAAGAGCUGGCGAGCAUCGAGGAGCGGGUGGCCUACCAGGCCCAGGAGAGGGCCCGCGACAUUCAGGAAGCUCUGGAGUCGUGUCAGACGCGCUUGUCCAAGCUGGAGUUCCAGCAGCAGCAGCAGCAGCAGACGGUCCAGCUGGAGAGCGGCGACGCCCGCGUCCUGCUGGGCCGCAGCAUCAACAUCAUGUUGGCCAUCAUCACCGUCGUCCUGGUGUGCGUCUCCACCGCCGCCAAGUUCGCCGCCCCGCUGGUCAGGAGCCGCCAGCACGUCGUGGCCACCUUCUUCGCCGUCUUCUUCCUCACCGUAUUCUGGAAGAACUGGGAGCGCUUGCAGCACGCCGUAGACCGGGUGCUGGUCCCCGCGUGACGACGGCAAAACCGAGCAGCCGGGAGGUGAUUGGUUGUACGAUCGUCUCGAGAGUCGGACUCAUUUCCGGUCUACCGACCAAACGAUUCCGACGAUUCUCUUUGCUAAAUGAUUAGACGGGCGGACCCCCGCCCGCUCAUCGCGGCCGAUCCGUUCCAGACGCACCUGCGACGAGCCAAAACCAGCAAAAUAGCCUUUUGAAAAUUGUUUGAACCUUUCUACGUACCACAACAAACUUUGUAAAGAAUUCUUUUGGCGCAGGAGUGUCAAAUUCUCGCGGGCCACGUUGUAGUUGCGCUUCCCCCCAGAGGGCCGUCACGACUGUGAAACCGUACGAUUGUUUGAUCGCCUCGUUGUCUUAACGCACGAAAUUUAUGAGCUAGUUUUAGAAUCGGAAAUCACGGGGAACGGGUUUUUCGAUCAUGGUUCGUGGUUGGUAACACAAAAAUGCUUAUAACAGGGAUCAUGAAUGAUAGAUGACAUUUUUAAAUUGUUGGACAGAUUUUCACAACAAUCACAAUUUUUGACACGUGAUUUGCCUUCGCGGGCCACACAAAAUCACAUUGGUGGGCCAAAUCUGGCCCCCGGGGCCUUGAGUUUGACACCUGUGCUUUAGCACGUUCUCAGUCUAUUACUUGAAAUCGGGGACUAGCGUACAGUUCAGCAUCACUUUUGUGCAAAUUUGCGCUGCUACGCUUCUCCAAACAAGCAGUUCUGCAAAAAGUUCUAUAAAUAUGGUCAUGAUAAAUGCUAACUUAACACAAAUGCAUACUGAAGAAAUGAAUACUACUGUCAAAAAACAAAAACUUUUAAAGUGGGGGCAGAGGCGCGCCGUAAUAAACGAAUAAAACCGAUGGCGCCAAUCAAGUCGGGGCACGGGGGAAAUGGCGACUUAUCACUAAUAAUUGGGACUUUCAAUUCAUUUUACGCAGAAAUGGUUGACUGAACUUGGCCCACAUCCUCGAAGGAAGAAAAUAAAAGGAAAAACUAACUUGAAGGUGAAAACCGGCACUCACAGGACAAAACGUUAUGUUACACGCGGUAACCGCGGCGAUUGUCAGAAUUAUCGGCCGUCGGGGGGUGGGGGGUGAUCACAUUCCUCGCGUGGCGACCAACCGGGUCGCGCAUCUAGUCGAGACUCGAUGUCGGCGCAACGUGGAAAAUCGAGCGGAUUGGACUUGGACCCGACCCGGACCAAAAAGUCUCACCACGUCUUGUUUUUAGCGUUGUUGUCUUGAGCUAACCUUGCACAAAUUGUACAAAUGAUGGACAUCCAAAAGUCUUUGCUAAGGCGUUUUCUCAGCGCAGGUUGCGGGUUAGAAUCCCAGCUCCAGCCUUCCCGUGGGCACCUUCCCCCAAAACUGCAGUCUUUAGUUCCUUUUUAUGUUUUUUUCCCAAAACUGAUCCUGAAUGCGUGUCAGGAUGUUUUGAAUUCAAGAUUUUUUUUUUUUUUUUUUUUUUUUUUUUUUAAACUUUUGUUGGUGUUGUAAAGUGCAAUAUAGACUCAAGUCCAAAACGUUGGUGCUGUUGGGCUUUGGGUUGAAGUUUCUGGAUCAACUUCCGGUUAAUAUUUUGUCUUUUUUUUUUGUUUGUUUUUUUUUAAAUGUCACUUUGAAAUAAAAUUCAAGUCAAGUCAA